AGUUCAAUCAAUCUGCACCCGUUCCGCUCGUCCACCGUUCGCCUACGCCGCGCCGCGCUUGCUCACAUCCGCCGACCCUACCCGCCGCCGGCCUGCCUGCAUCCGCCUUCCGCCGCCGCUACCAUGGCCGACGAGCAGAGCGGGCUUCCCCUGCGGAGGUGGAGGCCUUUCUUCGGCGCUUUCGAGGCGAUCGACGGCGUGAUUGAGGCAUGCGGCUACCCGCGCUCCGAGUUUCGGGACGUGCGUGGCGAAAUCGUCGUGCUGCUCCGCGGCGCCACGGAUGACGGCGUGGCCGAGCAGCUCUGCGCCGCGCUCGACGACGUCAUGGUCGAAUCCCUCAAGACGCUGCUGGUCGCGCCCGUCCCGUACGACCUGCUGGCGUCCAGCGACCUGGCAAGGACCGUCGGCGCCCUUGGCAGCCACGGGUCGUUCCGGAUCCGGAGCCUCGCGCGCGACGUCGUGCGCGGGUGGAGGGUGGCCGUCGAAGCCUCCUGCACCACUGCUGUAGCGGUGAAGAAGAAGCUCGACAAUCUCUCUGCUGAUAAGAUCCCGCUCCCACGCGCUGCCGUCGACAAGGUGCACGAGAAGAAGCUGCACGUACCGUCUGCCAAGACGCUUCCCGCUGCUGUUGAGGUACACAACAAGAAGCCGCGCGUACCAUCAGCAAACAUGCUUCCCACCGCCACCGUCACUGCCACCGCUGUCGAGGUACACAACAAGAAGCCGCACGUUCCACCAGCAAAGACGCUUCCUUCCGCAACAAUUCUAUCGAACCAACAGAAGAACAUGAGUGAGACCAAGAAGUCAGCUGUCGCCGAGAGCGAGAAGAUGGAGGCUACUAAACGCAAGCUACGGGAGGGUUACCAAGAAGCCGAUGGAGUCAAGCGUCGACGCAGCAUCCAAACCAUCAGGGAGGAGGAGGGGAAGCUGUUGGAGCAGAAGCAAUGCAAGAUGCAUGUGUCCCAUCGUAUGGAGAGAGGUCCAAUAGGAUAUAGGACUAAGACCUCAUCAAGCGUCAGCGGUUCUCGAGCUCGGCUUCCUCCUCACGUGCUUUAGGGCCGGAUCUUGUUCUUGUGUGACCAUUAUUUGUACAUUUUUUAUGUCAGUUAUAUCUCCUGUUUAUGUAUAAUGACAAAAUUUAUCGUCC